GCAACACACAGGCCACGUAUGCCAACUGCGAUGCACUGCAACUUGACUGAGGCCACAGCAGCCAGCUUCAAUGCCACCUCCGCUACCGCCGCCAGCAACAGCGCCAACGAAAAUCACGCGCCUGCGGUUAAAAAGCGCGUCGCCGAAGUCGCAUUGGGCGGUGUGGCCGCGGCGGCGGAUGGCGCUCUGUGGCUGCGUGUGCCCGGCCGCGAGGAGACUUCCAGCUGUCGGCGCAGAAGAAAGUUGGCCGCCGCAUGAGAGGUCGCCAAAUUCUACAUAUAUUAAAUUUUUUCUAUGAAUUGGAAGAACUGAAAAAUGAUUUAGUACAUAUGUAUAUGUAUAUACUAUUUAUAUAUAUAUGUAUAUGUGUAUGAUUUAGCCUGUAAUUUAUUAGUUUUGUAAUUAUUUAUUUUAAUAUUUGUUGCUCACGCUCGCCCAAUUUUUUUCUCGGCUUAAUAUUGUAAGCAAUUUCUCGCUGAAUGGAAGUGACCCAUACAUACUUACAUGCAUAAUAUUUAUAAAAGUAUGUAUGUUGUGUUGAAAUUGCCAAUAUUAGCGAAUUUAUUUCAAAAGCUAAAGCGAAAACUACGAAAUUAAUGACAAACAGCCGCAAAAGCACACACCUACAUGUGUGUGUGUUUAUAUGCAUAUAACGUUUUUCAAUAAAAGUAUGCAAUAUGUUGAUGUAUUUAAACAGUAUAUAACAGAAAUAUAUAUUUAUAUAAA